GUGAAGGCGCUGGUGGAGUUCCUGCUGGAGAACUGCGGGGAACUCUUUGCGGAGGAGAGAAGGGAGGUUUCUAUUCGAGAGACUGAGGAAUCGCCAGCCGCCCCGCAGGGAUCCACAGAUGUGUGCGUGGAAGAGCCAAGGGUCCCUGCAGAGCCAGCAGACACCAAGCACGUGGCAGAAGCCUUGGCGCACACACCGCGCUCUCUGCUCGGUGUCCUCCAAGAAGCUGGGGGAGAUACCCUGGCGCAGCCUGGAACGGGAGAGGGUAAAAUGGAUGCUAUACACAAGAUGAAGAUUUUUGUCAUGUUCCUGUCUCUGGCCACAUUCACAAUCAUGGUGAUACUGAAUGCUGGAAAUGCCACUGGGAUAUUCAAAGGUCUGUUCAGGACAACCCCUGGAAACAUCUCGGAGAAAUAUAACACUGACUUCACACCAGCUGGCUGGACUUUCCUCAUCUGGAAUGUCAUCUAUGCCUGGCAGCUUGCCUGGCUUCUCUACGCCUUGUCAGGGAUCUGUCGAAGGAAUGAAAUUGGAUGUGUUUACCUAAAGCCGGACUUGUUGCCAAUACCUUUUUAUGUGGUGUGGAUUCUGAAUAAUGGCUUCAAUGUAGGAUGGCUGUUUCUGUGGGACCGAGAAUACCUCCUCCCAGCCCUGGUGCUCCUGGCAGCCAUCACUCUUACUACCUGUGCCGCCCUCUUCAUUUCACACCGAGCACUGAGCAUCCAUUCUUCGUGGCUUAUGAAGGGUCACAAAGCUGAGCUCUGGAUCAUCCGCAUCCUAGUACAGAAUGGGCUGGCGCUGUAUGCAACAUGGACCACCAUUGCCACUCUGCUGAACUUUGCUAUUGUGUUGAUCUACAAGUGGAAUGUGUCCAACGAGACUGCAACAACUGCUGCUCUAAGCAUCCUUGCUCUUGAUCUAGUGAUAUGGUUUUAUCUAGAAAACUUCUUCCUUGACAAGCAUGUCCGCUAUAACCUUACCAUCUACCCAGUGGUCAUAAUAGCUCUGACUGGCAGCACAUGCAAGAAUUUCUCAUUUUCAUCCCCAACGACCAACAACAUUUUUAUAGUUGUUCUACUGGCAAUGGCUUGCUUGAUCUUUGCUGUUCGACUGGGACUAGUCACAUGGAGACACUGUAAGAGACCACUGGAAGCAUCAGAAACCCUGGACCCAUCAGGCACAGUGGCCUGA